GUUGUUUUGAUUACGGGUUUCCUAACAGGCAAUCACAUGAGACAGCUCAAGAUAGUCAGCCUUGGGCCCUCAGCCCCCACCACUAGCGACACCCUUCCAAGAUGGCAGCGAACAGUAGCAACACGGUUAGCAAACCCAGCAACAUUAUCGGGGGGAAACAAUCAGGGCCGUCGGCUGAGCAGGUUGUGGCUGCAUUCCAGAGGAUGCGCUCAGAACAGCGCAGCAUGGCCUCCAAGGCUGCAGAGCUGGAGAUGGAGAUCAACGAGCAUAGCCUAGUCAUCGAGACCCUAAAAGACGUGGAUCCAACCAGGAAGUGCUUCCGACUGGUGGGCGGGGUGCUCGUGGAGAGGACGGUUAAGGAAGUCUUACCAGCUCUGGGAAGCAAUAAAGAACAGAUAUCAAAGAUUGUAGAGUCCCUCAACACACAGAUGCAGACAAAAGGCCGGGAGCUCACGGAGUAUCGGGAAAAAUACAAUAUCCGAUUGGUGGGAGAAGGAGAGGAAGGACAGGGCAAAUCGGCAGCUACCUCCAAUGGGGGCGGGUCUAAAGGCGGUGCCGGCGUUCUAGUUUCAUAGCUUUGUGUGUAGAGACUUUAGUACGAUAGGAAAUUGUGCGGAAUGCCAUCGAGCAUCGAGUCAGCACAGAUCCUGGAAGGCAUUUCAAAGGCAGAGUUUGACGUGUGUCUUGCAUGAAAUAAAUUAUAUAAUAAACCAAUGUCACAAGGGCCAGAUUAUCCAGAACAUUCAAUUCAGAUCAAAGUGAUCCCUUUUCACCUAUAGUUCAACAAAACUUAAACCAACAUUUCACUUACACUCUGGUUUAAUUACAAGCCUUUCGCCUUUUACUCGAGACAGUGUUUCAUCAAAAUCUUACGGGAUGAUUGUUGUAAAAGACAUGCCUUCUUGAUGACCAUAUAUUGAUUUUAAGUUUAUUUAUACUCUAUUGUCAGUCAUAUUUCAAUGUAUAUUAUGAUCCUGUUGUUGGGGGCUCUGUUUUUGAGAGGUUUGUCUCUGGCAUGCUGUAAAAUAAUGCUUGCAAAAGGAAUGACAAUCUGAUUGGUAAAACACUAUUCAUAACAACACACUGUAUCAUUUCAAUCUUUCUUGAAGGUGCACUGUGCAGAAAUCGCUCCGCCAUUUCCUCAUUGCAAAAAUUCUAGUAGUUCUCCUAAUUUAAGUUUGUGACAAAACAAGCAAGUGUAGAAAAUCAUUGUACCAUAUAAACUGCUGUGAAAUAUAUUUUUCCAUAACCAAAAUGUUGUAUUUCCAGCUGUUGGAAGCUGGUGUACAAAACCUAAAUUAAAAGAUGCAAAAAAUGAAACUUAAGAUCAGGGAGCAUAGAAAUUGCGCGCACAGAACAGAUUUACUGCUUCUUAGACUUGCGUUCAAUGAUAAUGACAGAUCUAUAACUCAUUUUUCUAUGUGCAUUUGAGGGGGGAAAAACAGUGUGCCCAGAGUAUCUGGAUAAUGUAAAUUAGCGUCCCAAACGGCAGCCUGUUCCCUAUAUAGUGCACUACUUUUGCUGAGGGUGCCAUUUCAGACACGCCCAGUUUCUGACAGCUAAUGUAUUGGUAUAGUCUUAAGUGCCCCCAAUGUAUCUGAAGCACACAGCCCUAGACUACAUUAUCUAUCACCAUGUAGUUGUGUGGAGAAAAUUUGUUUUUUUGUGAAUGUUUAGGAAUAAAAAUAAAUACAUGUUAACAUGG